AAGGAAAGUCAAGCAAUGCGCAUGUCCACUCUGCUGUCGGUUUGAAAACACCAGCAUAAUUUCUCCGUUCGUCGAUCCUCCGUUUUUCGGUUCGUUACCAGAGAUGAACAGCGUCGGGGAGGCCUGUACCGACCUGAAGCGGGAGUACGACCAGUGUUUCAACCGCUGGUUUGCCGAGAAGUUCCUGAAGGGGGACCGGAGCGGGGACCCGUGCACCGAGACGUUCCGCCGGUACCAGUGCUGCGUGCAGAAGGCCAUCAAGGAGAAGGACAUCCCGGUGGACGGGGUGGAGUUCAUGGGGCCCAACAAGGACAAACCGGAGAGCUGAUGGAGGGUGGGAUAGAUCACCGAUAAUCAGAUCGAUACCCGCACUGACGGUGACCUACUGGAGUCCACGAGGCCCACUGAGCAUGCGCAGAAGCGGAUAAGCUGCAGAAUGGGAGGAAGCCUUUUGACUUAACUUUGAGCUUUUCUAUUAAAAUCUUCUUCUGUUUGUAGCUUCAGUUCUUAAACAUGAAGAAUGUGGCGGGGCUGGAUGGGGCCCUGCAGGGUCCUCUGAAGCACAAAGAUGCUGUUUGGGGCCCCAAAAUCUGAACUUAAACUGCUGCUGGAGCCAAACAUCAGAGAACCCGGAAGUAGCCAAACAUUUCCUACACCGCAGACUAAUAAAGCAGAGGAAUCAGAAAAUAAAGACAACCUGUGCUCUAACUGUUCACAUUUAACAAUAAGUAUGCCUCUACUGAAAUCUACUUUUUGCUUUUUACAAAUCUUAAAUUAAAGGUGGACAAAGCUGGUCAGAA